CUGCUGUCUUCCUCUUCCCGGUCUUUGACUGACUUGUCCAAAUCUGCAGAGAAUCUAUCCAAAGUGAAGCUGCAAAACUCUGGUCAGAUGGAUGUGCUGGGUCUCGAAAGCAAGUCCAAAGACCUGAGAAUUUGUCUUGGAUCUACUCCAACAAAGAUCCAAAUUACAGCCAAUCCUGAAAGAGACCCCGUCCCUCGAACAGUUUUCCAGUCGGGCAGAGAUGCACUUCAGGGUCAAGGAAGCAUCUGGGAUGGCCAGGAGCAGGAGAGGGACUUGUGUCAUAAAUCAGGGCCAGGACUCGUGUCUGAGAGCCCGCAGAGGACGUCUUGGAGUGGAGCUGGUAUUGCAAGUUGUGAGACAGAGGAAGUUUCAUCAGGGGAUGGCAGCCUCCAACAGACAUGUGUCCUGGGCCCCGGUGAUGGAUGUGGCAUGAAGCCAGAAGGGAAUGCUAAUGAGAUCCAAGGUGUCGACGCAGACUGCUAUAAGGGGAGACCCAGCUCUGGUGGGAACUCAUUAGGCAGCAUGUCCCACCUGCAAAGUAGUGGAGGAAGAAGCUCCUUUUUGGUCCUCCCACAGACCAGCACUUAUUCUCAGUUCAACAGAAAACCACUUAGUAGGCAGGUGGCCUGCUGUCCACUCAAAGACGCUGCUUUCCAGCACCAGCAGAGUUGUGGUGAGAUGGAGGAAGCUGGAAGUUUGAAGGAGAUCAAAAGAGUUGCAGAAAACCCAGUUAGAAAAUUAGGGCUAGGCUCUUUGUUUAGAAAAGUGUCCUGUAUUGUUCGUGAUGCACACAGACUACUUUGGAGAUCUCCUGCACUUUUGCACCAGCUGACAACUGCAAAAUUACAACCUGUUGGUGCCUGCUUGUCUAGCCAUGUUCUGUCUAUAAUGAAGGACAGCCAUAUCUUCAUGGUCGGAGGGAGCUUUGCUUUUUCGCUCAUCAGUAAGAGUCCCAUUUUCUCUGUUGUGAAAGCUCUGCCCCUCAUACAGUACAUCCAAAUGAAUACAUCUCAUCCCCUUCAGCCCAAAGAGACAGCUCUUAUGAUUCAGGACUUCAAUAAUUCCAACAACACACAACUCUCAACCCUGACACUAAGACAAAGCGUGACAGAAAAAGUGGAAGGUGAUGUGCUGGAAGUGUCUAGGGAUUUCUGCAAGAGAGAUUUGCAGUCACCAGAAAAGCAAGAUGGGAAUAAUUUUCAAAUAAAACAAGAUGAAGUUAUUUCAGAGCCUUUGAUGCCGAAAAAAAGAAGCCCUCUGUCUUACAGCAAUGGUUGCAAGACGGAUGUUAUCCAAGUAACUGAAGAUGUAGAUCAGGCUGAAACUGUUGAUUGCAUUCAGACAUUGAUAACAUUUCCUAAUCCACUUCUGAAGCUACAGACUCUGCCACUGGGAGAUCUGAUGGGUGUUGUACAGUCAGUCUCUUGUUCAGUGCCUUCCUCCCAGAGGAUCAUAGCACUUCACUGGUUGAACGUAGCCAAAUGUAGCCAACCUGAUCCAAAGCCUGGCCUCUUGAUUGUGACGAAAACGGAUCUCUACACACUGACUGCCAACUCUGAGGCUCUGGUCUUGUUCCAUCACCUCCCUUUGUUGCAGCUGAGGGAUGUACUGAUAGGUUUUGCUGGCCAAAGUUUACGUUUAAUAGGCACUACAGAGGAAAGCAUCCUGGGUGUUUAUACCUACAGCCAGAAGCAAACCAAAGAGCUGUGCUGGGCCAUACUAAGUGCUGUCUGUUCUGGGGACAGCAGGCUCCAUCAGUACCAAUUGCUUCAUGACAACUUGAUGGAAUUGUCCCUAGACUGUAAGGUCUAUGUACCCGACAUGCAGCUGGACUCUGGUUUAAGGCUUUACUGUCGAUUUCAGAAAAGUCUCAUUGAUCUGCUUUAUCUUAUUCAUUGUAAUAUUGAUCAAGCGACAGUCGCUCUUGGAGAGUUGCAGCUAUUGAUGUACACCAGUGUGGCUGUGCACCUGAGUUGCCACAUUCAUAGUGAACAAAUGGCCCAGUUCUUUCUCACAGAUGCCCAUUUUGGUCUGGCAAAGGAGGAUGUUGUGUUUCCAAAAGCAAUAUUUUCUCAGUUUGAUGUCUUAGCUCUUUGUCGUUGCUCAGAUGUGCGCUGUGUACUGAUGCACGAUGAAGACAGCAGCGGAUCUGUCAUGGUGGAUGUAAUCAUUGCAAAAGCAAGGGCCAAAGGCCACCCUGAAAGCAUGAUGAAGCUAGAUACCCUGUCUGAACAUCCUUUCAAUUCAUCUCCGCACACAGAAGUGUGGAAAUUAACUUUCAGUUGCUCCACAGAGGCCACCUGCCUGAUUAAUCACUUGUCAAAUGUCUGAUCAAGGACUAAACAGUCUGUAAUGAACAGCCCAGCUUGAAAACUCUCACUGGGAGCAGUGGCAAAAAGUGCAUUUUAACCAGACACUUUAAAGGAUCACUUCUCUAUUAAAUGACAGUGCUUUAAUUUUUGUCAUAUUGUCACAUGCCUUUUUCACUCUGAAUUUUAUCUUUAAAACACCCAAUAUUUUUUUAUAAUCUUCACUGCUCUGUUUGGUUUAGUUAUGCUUUAGAUAAUUAAGGUUUCACAUUUUGGUAUUGAGAAUUAAACAUC